GGGGGACGUCACUCCGCGCUAACACACUAAAACGCACAAAAACGAGCUCGAAAAGCAUCAACGCUACUCAUCGUGCCGAGUUUUCACAUAAGGCCACCCUAAAGCAAGUUAUCGCAAGUUAACGCGCGUUAAAGCGAGUUAAAGCGACCAGCGUCUGCUCGACUUUUGAACCAGGGAAAUCUAUCUUGCAACCUUGCCGUCGAGCAGUUUUUGGUCAUGUUUGGCAACUCGGUAUUUGUUUUGGUUUUUUUUCAAGCAGUUUUGACAGAAUGAAAAAAAAACAAAGCAAAAAUUGCGAUUUUUUGUCAACGACCGGAAAAGUUUGCUCCGAGGUGAUCGCCCGGCUGUCCUCGUUUGUGGGGGCCAUCGCGAUCGGCAAUCUGGUAAAGAGCACACUCGGCCCGGAGGGAAUGGACAAGAUUCUGAUUGCGCACGGCCGUAGCGCCGGCAGGUUGAGGUCACCAACGACGGGGCUCGAUUUUGAAGGCGGUCGGCGUAAACAUGAGUCGCUUUCAGGACGACGAGGUUGGCGAUGGAAUGACUUCCGUGACGGUGUUGGUGUCAGAGUUGCUGCAAUGCUGAGCGAGGCGGAAAAGUUGCUGGAGCAAAAAUUUCCCCCUCAAACGAGUGCGGCCAAGCAGGCGCCAAAACUAUUUGCCGGCUGUUGCUUGGAGGAUUCGUUCCUGGACAAGGGUUUCCUGUUGGACAAGAAGACCGUUGUGCCCAAGCCGAAAUGCAUCGUGAACGCAAAGAUCUUGAUCGCCAACACGCCGAUGGACACGGACAAGAUCAAGGACUCGAUGGUGAAGAUUGCUGAGCUGGAGGUCACCGAGAAGGAGAAGAUGAAGGACAAGGUGAUAACCAGGACCAGGCUCGUCUCGGUCGUUGCGAUCUGUUCGAAAGUUUGCAUCGAUGUGAUCGCCCGUUCCAGCAUCUGCAGGACACGGUGCCGGAAUAUCUCGCAAGGAGGCAAGUUGCUGCCCAACAGAAACUUCGCCCCAAAGUGGUAAGCGGAGGAAUUUGGAGGAGAUUUCGGUGGUAUUCGAGGAGGAGAAAAAGUUCAUGGAUUCUAUCGAACAUUCCGGUGUCAGCGCUCAAUCGACAUCCUGCUAGGCAUUGGCAUUUUAAUGCGACUCGCAGCAAAACAGUCCGGCGCGCUGCAGCUGGAGAAUCUAAAAUUUAAGGUGCUUCUGUCGGCCGCUGACGAGAAUCUGGAAAAGCUAAGCAGCAACUUAUCUGGGAAGAGCCGACGUGGUAUGCGGUGUGGAAAAGUAAAUGACGUUUGUUGUUGUUGAACACUGAGCCAGAACAGAACACUAGAUAUAUUCUCGCUGCAUCAGAGAGUGCGUCGGCCGCCAAGGACACACUUAACCAGCUGGGCAGCAUUCCGUGGAAGAUCAACAGCGAAUGAUGGCGUUGUUCACCAGAGCAGCAUCUCCAUGCUGGACCUUUCCUGCCCUCCUUGUCGCCAAUCGAAGAAACCGUUCCGUGCAGUGAAUUGACCGGUUACGAUUGGUUCAUCCUGAUGCGCAAGAAGAUGACCCACUGGCGCAAAGCUCACCUGAUUCCCCCGCACCUGAACCACUCACUCUCUCCUUAGUUCGGUAUGAUUUUGUACACAUAAUUGAAUAAAAUCCUGUUUUUUUUCUGUUGA